CGUUCGCGGCUCCGCCAUGGUGGUGCCGGCGCGGCGCGUGAAGACCGAGUACAUGAAGCGCUUCAAGGAGCCCAAGUGGGAGUCGUGCGGCGCCUGCUACCUGGAGCUGCUGCGCUACCGCCUCAGCCGCCGCCUCCUGGAGCAGGCGCACCGGCCCUGGCUGUGGGACGGCUGGGAGGACGACAGUGGCAGCGGCGGCGGCAGCAGCACUGCCGGAUCCCCCUCGCCGCCGGCCGCCAGCAGCCCCGCGGCCGCGCAGGAGGAGGAGGCGGCGGCGGCACCUGCAGCACCACCGGCACCGAGUGAGGCGGGACGGGCCAGCCCCGUUCGGGAGCGGGGUAAUGGCGGUGAGUGUUUGGGGAGGGAAAGAGAAGAAAAGCAGAAGGAAGAGCAAGAAAAAACUGUAGAACACCCUUCUGUAAAGGAAGCAGACAAAACCAGCCGUCCAGGACGACGUCCAAGUCAAAGUGCCUUGUCCAGUCGGAAUGAUCGAAGAUCAGCCAAAAGCCCUCAAAAGACAGAUGCACCAAAGGAGAAUAAACAUCCAUUUGCUCUGUAUGGGUGGGGAGAAAGACAGACAGAUACUGGAAGCCAGAAAACUCACAAUGUUUGUGCUUCUGCUUCAGCAAAUGAAAUUCAUGAAUCUGCUCUCCGAGCAAAGAACAGGAGGCAAGUGGAGAAAAGGAAGCUCUCUCAGAGGCGGGUACGAUCAGCAGAAGCAGAGAAAGCCUGGCGAAUAAAGCCCGCCCCUCCAGAUAACCCUUGGAUGACAGAGUACAUGAGAUGCUACUCAGCAAGAGCUCUGUGAAUCUGGAUUCACUUAGGCAUCUUCAAAAGAAGUUAUGCAUAUCAGGACACUGGUGCAAGGAACCAAACUACUUAUGCAAGGUUUUUAUAGGGAGUUUCCAGCUGUUAAAGUAUUUGCUAUGAUGUUUUUAUCUUGGCUACCUACCUCACAGUGGGGUGCAUUGUUGGAGCCAUAAUAUUUGAAGAGGCUUUUAGAUAGAGCUACCCAAACUUUUAACCAAUUCCCCUUUUGGGGAAUUUUUCUGAUGCUUCAGUUGACUCGUUUUUUGGGGUGGAAGGGGAGCUUCAGCAUACAGGGAGUCAAACACUCUUUUGAGCUUGGUUACAAAUAACCUAUUGUCCCUUAUUUUUAAAAGUUCAAGUUGCAGGGAAGUGGUGCUGGGGAAAGACUUGAAAGGUGUGAUGGAGGUGCCUUUGCAUUUAUAGUACUAUUUGAUUUAAUACUUCUACCAAAAUAAGCAUAUUAAGACAGGUAACAGGAAAGCCAGUGGGUCUGGUAAAAAGCACUAAUAAAUGUCCAUGCUUUAGGCAGGCAAAUACUAAGUAUUGUCUGUACACAGAAACUUUCAGAAAAACCUUGUUUGAUUAGUGGAUCUGCUGACUCUUACUGCUGUUUCUAAGGUCAUUAGAAUAAACUACUAAUUUUCAGGGUAAGAAACAGCUACAGGAUUGUUCUGCUGUUGCUGUGCCUGUUGUACCAAAUAAUGGAUGUAGACAAUCAUGAUCUGCUAGCUGCUGCUCAAUAAGCAGUUGCUUGUUCUACCAGUAUGAAGUUGUACCACUGUAUAAGCUCAUGGUUACACUUACUCUGUGCUUAAUUAUGUAAAUGUGUUUAUUGAAGGAGAGGGCUGGCUCCUGUCUAGUGAAGUCUAUUUUUAACACUUAGAGUACCUAUUAUGCUCAGUGGGGACCAGAGUGCAAUAUGCAUUCCAUUUGGUGGCAUUGUACAAGUAUACUGUUAGAGGUUUUAAACUUGAGGAUUGCGUGGAUAAGGCUUGCAGAUGAAGUCCUGAGUGGCUUUCUGCCUCUCAAAAUUGGUGUGGAAGCCCUUGCUAUAGGGGUGAGAG